AGCAGCCUCGCUUUGCUGCUGCAGCAGCUAACCACACGGGGGAAGUUGUGAGGGUUAACACUGGGGAACGUAGUUGCAGCCUGGCAGCCAAGGAGGAGGAGGAGGAGGAGCCGGAGAAGGAGGAGGGACCGGAGCCUAUGACUUCACAACCAGGCAGCCCUAAAGCAGGCGGCGCCGGGGUUGCAGGUUCUUCAGUCUGCAAGGAGCUGCAACAGCGGUAAAGGCGGCGGUUCUUCUUCCCCGUAGUCUGUCACUCGGGGAGCUGGCUCGAGAGCCCAGCAGCGCGGGCUUGCUGCAGGAAACAUCAAUAUUCCCUGAGGGCUGUUGUCCUUCAUCUUUGGUGAUGCUUCCGAGUGACCUGAAGGAUUGAGGCUAUGUGAUGAAAUUGAAUCAACUUCUAUAAAAAUGCAUCCUGCCUUUGCUGUACUGAAGAAAAACAAUUUUCUGGCUGCUGCCAUGCCUGGUGAAUAGGGCUCAGGGACAGAACUUUCCUGGAAAUAGUUGUGGGCAGACCCAGCAGGGAAGAGCACACCAUUGCUCAUGACACCAUGACAGCAAGAGAACACAGCCCACGUCAUGGCUCCAAGUCCCGUUCUGUACAGCGGGCCUCAACUAUUGAUGUUACCACGGACAUGGUGGGACUCUCUCUGGCAGGAAACAUCCAAGAUCCAGAUGAGCCCAUAUUAGAAUUCAGCUUGGCUUGCAGUGAGCUGCAUACUCCAUCGCUAGAUCGAAAACCAAAUAGUUUUGUAGCAGUGAGUGUAACAACACCUCCCCAGGCAUUCUGGACAAAACAUGCACAGACAGAGAUCAUAGAGGGAACUAACAAUCCUAUAUUUCUAAGCAGUAUCGCCUUCUUUCAAGACUCCCUUAUCAAUCAGAUGACACAAAUCAAACUAUCUGUUUAUGAUGUCAAAGAUAGAUCUCAGGGAACAAUGUAUUUACUGGGUUCUGGGACGUUCAUCGUCAAAGAUCUGCUGCAGGAGAAAUACCAUAGGUUGCAUUUAACACUAAGGUCUGCUGAAAAUGAUCGUGUAGGCAACAUCACAGUCAUAGGAUGGCAAAUGGAAGAGAAAUCAGACCAGCGGCCCCCUGUAACGCGGUCACCUGAUACAGUUAACGGGAGGACUGUUCUGCCAGUGGAUGAAAGCUUGACAGAGUCAUUAGGAAUCCGAUCCAAAUAUGCUUCCUUGCGGAAAGAUUCAUUACUUAAAUCAGUGUUUGGUGGUGCCAUCUGUAGAAUGUACCGUUUCCCCACAACUGAAGGGAAUCACCUAAGGAUCUUGGAGCAGAUGGCUGAAAGUGUCCUCUCCUUACAUGUUCCUAGACAGUUUGUAAAACUCCUUCUAGAAGAAGAUGCAGCAAGGGUUUGUGAAUUGGAAGAAUUGGGAGACCUCUCUCCCUGCUGGGAAAGUCUACGUCGACAAAUUGCUACUCAGUACCAAACUAUAAUACUAACUUACCAGGAAAACCUAACUAAUUUACAUCAGUACAAAGGCCCCUCAUUUAAGGCAAGCAGUUUGAAAGCUGAUAAAAAAUUGGAAUUUGUACCCACAAAUUUGCACAUACAGAGAAUGCGAGUCCAAGAUGAUGGAGCAUCAGAUCAGAACUAUGAUAUCAUAACCAUAGGAGCAGCCGCGGCCCACUGCCAAGGCUUCAAGUCAGGGGGUCUUCGGAAACGACUGCACAAAUUUGAAGAGACCAAGAAACACAGUUAUGAGGAAUGUUGUACCUCGCCCAGCUGCCAAUCAAUAAUAUACGCACCACAGGAUAUCAUCAGAGCAAAGGAGAUUAUUGCCCAGAUCAACACCUUAAAAACCCAAGUCAGUUACUAUGCUGAGCGGCUCUCUAGGGCAGCCAAGGACAGAUCAGCUAAUGGCCUUGAAAGAACGCUUGCCAUCUUAGCAGAUAAGACAAGACAACUGAUUACUGUCUGUGACUGUAAAUUGCUGGCUAAUUCGAUACAUGGACUAAAUGCUGCUAGACCUGAUUACAUUGCCUCAAAAGCAUCUCCCACCUCAACUGAGGAGGAGCAGGUGAUGCUCAGGAAUGAUCAAGACACUCUUGUGGCAAAGUAUACAGGAAGAAAUAGUCGAUCUCUCCAUGCAGACUGGCAUGAGGCAGAAUGGGAAAAAGUUUGGUUGAAUGUCGACAAAAGCCUAGAGUGCAUCAUCCAGAGAGUUGACAAACUUCUCCAGAAAGAGCGAUUGCAUAGCGAGAGCUGUGAGGAUGUUUUCCAGUGUGAUGUCAGCGGGCCGAGUAAGAAAGGUAAUCGGGAUAAUCGAGCCUAUUGGAUAAAACCGGAAUCCUCACAUGACAUCUCAUCAUGCUCCCUCUCCAUGCCAUCUGCUGCCUUCCAUUCUCAUUGGAGCACAAAUAGCAGCCCCCCUCCUGAAGAAUCCAGCCCAGGUGAAUGGAGUGAGGCCCUUUACCCCUUGCUGACGACACUCACAGAUUGCGUAGCCAUGAUGAGUGACAAGGCCAAGAAAGCAAUGGUUUUCCUGUUAAUGCAGGACAGCGCUCCAACAAUAGCUAUGUACCUGAAGCUCCAGUAUCGCAGGGAUGUUGUCUUCUGCCAAACUCUGACUGCACUAAUUUGUGGGUUCAUCCUCAAGCUAAGGAACUGCCUCCAUGAUGAUGGUUUCCUGCGGCAACUCUACACCAUUGGCUUAUUAGCCCAAUUUGAAAGUCUCCUCAGCACCUAUGGUGAGGAGUUGGCCAUGUUGGAGGACAUGAGUCUGGGGAUUAUGGACUUGAGGAAUGUAACCUUUAAAGUAACGCAGGCCACAUCAAAUUCAUCAACAGACAUGCUCCCUGUAAUCACAGGAAAUCGUGAUGGAUUUAAUGUGAGGAUUCCAUUGCCAGGCACACUCUUUGAUGUGCUCCCCCGGGAGAUUCAGAGUGGCAUGCUUCUAAGAGUUCAACCUGUCCUGUUCAAUGUGGGGAUUAAUGAGCAACAAACUUUGGCAGAGAGGUUUGGAGACACAUCUUUGCAAGAAAUUAUAAAUGUGGAGAGUUUGGUGAGAUUAAAUUCUUACUUUGAGCAGUUCAAGGAAGUUUUACCUGAUGAUUGUCUACCUCGAUCUCGUAGUCAAACGUGCCUGCCUGAGCUGUUGCGGUUCCUGGGACAGAAUGUACAUGCCAGGAAGAAUAAGAAUGUGGAUAUUCUCUGGCAAGCAGCUGAGGUGUGCCGAAGACUCAAUGGAGUCCGAUUUACCAGCUGCAAGAGUGCCAAGGACAGGACGGCUAUGUCCGUGACUCUGGAGCAAUGCCUGAUCCUGCAGCAUGAACACGGGAUGGCCCCCCAGGUCUUCACCCAGGCUCUGGACUGCAUGAGGAGCAUUGGAACACGGGAGGUAGUCACCCAGAAGAACUUGAGUGGUUUGGUGCCCAUCCGAGAUUUCAGACUAGAUCCCAGCCUCCUCUACUCCAUUCCUUUAUUAGCUCUGAGCCCCAAUUUACUGAUUGUGUGGCUGUUUCUGAGCAUUGCAUACCUGGUGGCCAAAUUCCGUUGCAAAUGAAGACCAGUUUAAAAAAAUAAUAAUUCAGUUAUAAAGAAAAAAAGUCCUACAAUAUGUAUCACCACCUUAUUAACUAGCUGGACAGAAGGAAUGUGUCAAAGCGUUUUCUGCCAAGAAAUAUAUUAUGCCUUACAGUUUGACAUUUUUAUUGUACUGAACUGUAAAUACCCAUCAAAUUAUUUUAUUCAGAGGAUCUGUAUUGAAAUUUUUAAAUUGAUUAUUCUGCUUUCAGUGCUUGUAACAUUCUUACAGUGCCCUGUUGCCUCGUCAUGUAGCCGGCCUGAAGAUCAGUUACGCUUACCAAAUAUUUCUCUUACCUUCAGAUUUAAACGUAUUUGUCAUCUAUAUGCUUCGUGUUCCCUGUUUCAUGUAUUCCAGAGAAAGGAACUCUUGUCUGAAAAGAAUUUGUAUCUUUUAUAUACUCUUUAAGUGUAUGCUGGCCUUUCCUUUCCUUUCGAAGAGGAUUGAUAAGAAAAAGAAAAAUAGACAGGUUUAUAAUUGUUUGUUUAGAGAUGCCUAUCUAAUAGGAUGUAUAUUCUCUGCUUUCAUUUCAAAGCAUAGUCCCCAAGUUAAAGUAGCAAACAGUUUGCAGAGCCAUAACUUUUUUCCUUGUGCAUGUCUAAAUUUUUCUGACUUAGCUUAUCAUGGAGUUGUGAUUAUGACAGUAUUCUGUAUCACACCAAACACAUGAAAAUUUGGUGUCACUGCUUACAUAUGACUUUUUGUUCUUUUUAACCAUUCUUAAGAAUUCAUCAGAGGGAUUACAGGAAUUUGAGUAUAUAGUAGCUGAGCAUAUUAAUUUUUUAAGAUCUCUUUGUCCCCAAAAUAGCAUUCUUUUAUUAAAUAUUGCAUCUUUGAUUCCAUAUUAAAGUCAGAAGCCUUGUUUUCUCAAAACCAAAUAUGAUUACAUUUGGAAAUCCAGGAAAGUUUGUCCCAGUUCAUUCUUGCUUCCUGAAUUCUAUGAAUCUUUAACAAACAAAUGCCAGCCACAGAAAUAUACUCGGGUUUGGUUUUGUUCUUAAUUUAUUAUCCUUAGUUUUAACAUAUACAGUAUCCAUAAAUUGCUUUUUACCUUAUUAUUCACUUGUUGCAGAAGAUUUAUUAUAUCUUUGUUAUUGUAAAGUGCAAAUAAACAAAACACUAACAAUAAAAAGGGACUGCUUGGGAGGGGGAAACUAAAGUCAUCCAUACUGAAAAUGUUCUGGUUUGUGUUGUAAUGAUUUUUUUAAAACCAACAUUUCAAUGGUUUCCCUCCCCAGAACCAGUGAAUUUGUAGAAUUUCUUUACUAAGACCAUGCAGGGGUAUUACUCUCAGACUCUGUUUGGUUAAUCAAUCAAUAAGGCAUUUCAUCAAAUUGGUUCUUCACCAGUUUUGAAAAUUUGGAAUGAAUUGAGAAAAAAUAAAUUAAAACAAAUAAGGGAAACUUGCUUCCUCCUGACAUUUAAGGUUUUCAGAAUUUGCUCAUGGGCUUCUCUGAUUGGAUAUUAUAUCCUGGCCUCAAAUUUUUUAUGGUUCAUAUAAUCAACAGUACUUAAAGGCAAGCCCAAGGGCAGACACUCUGGAAGGAAUACCUCUGCCACAUACCCAAGGACUUGUACCUUCGUUUUUAAUCCCUUCUUUCCCUGCCCCCCCAAAUUCCUGGAACUCUGUAUCUACAAUCUCCAGUUAGAAGUUUUCAGCUUCUCCAAAAAUGGCAUCACACAUGCAAUGCUUUGCAGUCUUUUUUCAAUAAUUGGGAUUUGAGAUCUAAAUAUAGUCCACUGAAUAAGCUGACCAUAUUGGAAGAUGCUGUGUAUAACUUUUUUUUUUUACAGAAAAAUAGUUAGUUUUUUUAAUAGUAAAUGGAAAAGAAUGUGAAGAAUUAACAAAUCAUGCAUCUUCCUUUGAAUCUUAAAUUUAGAGGAAUGUAAGUAAGCCUGUUCUCCAGCUUUCAGGCAGAACUUGAACCAUUAGCUCAACCAUUCUAGACAGAUCUUUUUGAAGAGGGCACAGAAGGAUUGAUUCUUCAUCCUCACCCAGUAAUCUCUACUAUAGACAGAUGCUUUCUUGUGGCUAACCAAGUCCCAUAUGCUACAGCUGGUUGCCAGGUUCCUGGCUAAAUGCACUUUUUCUCCUUCAACUAAAUAUAUUGAAUACUUACGACAUGCAAUAAUAGAAGAAUGUCAUAUGUAUGAAUGUAUAUGAACUAAAAAAAGAAAUGUUCUGUAUUCAAAGAUGGCCCCAUGGACAGUGUUAUGUACUGCAUUGGACCUGCAUCAUCAGUAGGCCUUAAUGUUUGAUCCAUGAAUACUGAUGGCAGUUCAUUUGCACAAUUCUCCCCUUCCCCUGCCCCCAGGUAAUCUGCUGCCUGGCCCACUGGUACCCCAGAUGAGGCCAGUAUGGGUGGAGGUGGAAGUUGUUUGUCAUGUGACCUGCAGAGAAGCUGUAUAUUUCUUUGUGUCCCUCAUGUUCUGAGCAUAUUCUCAUGGAACCAAUCAUCCAUGUCUGUGUGUGUGUGAUGGACGAGCUUUCAUGGGGACUGGGUCACAGGAGAAUGAAGGUUUUCCUCUGAAACUCAGGACACAGAAUACAUUUCUGAGGAUAUCAUUUAAAAGAACUGUAGAUAUGGAAAGGACCUCAUGAGACUAUAUAUAAUGCUCCUUUGUAUUACAAGUGUACAGCAAUGAAACAUAAAAGAAUUGUAUCUCUUUUCUUUGAAUUAUCCAAUAAAGUAGCUGCAACCUCCCUUGAUGUUAGAAAGUUCUUCCUAAUAUAUACCCAAAUGAGAUAAUGUAUGUUAAGCACUUUGCAAACUUUAAGUCACUAUACAAAUGUCUUAUUUCUUAUUGUCCUUACUAUGGUCAUGGAAAAAGGCUUCAACAAGCUAAAGAUAGAUUGAGAGAGAGACAGACAGAAAGAGAAAGAGAGAGGAUUAUAGAAGAAAAGAGGGAGUUAAUAAUUUUGCAUUCGUCUUUUAUAUUGACUUUAAAAUAUAAUAAUGUCAGGGACAAGAUUAAAGGAAAUUUUUGUCAUUCAUGUUUAUUUCUCUGUUUCUCAGGGAACUCAACAAGGUUUAGAAGGGAAAUCUUUUUCUUCAAUAAUGACACAAAAUGGUUUCCCACUCAUUCUUUUUACAAAUUAGUUAGCAACUUUAUAUCCCCUGCCCUUGUCCAAAUGAAGAUAUGUAUUCCAUUUUCUCUUUUCUCUAAACAAAACCUCUACUCCCUGAAAAAGACUUUUAAUUCCUUCUUUGACACAUAAUGCAUUAUUCUGAGCUAUCUGCAAUAAUAAAAUUGAUCUGGAUGAAUUCUGGACUGAUAGGUUCCAUUAAUUUUAAUUUUCACUUUGCAAUCUUUUGCAUGUAUAGCCAAUUAUCUUCCUUAAAUUGAGUUGAUAUCUUUGUGUUUAUAUCCUGAUUUCUCCUUUUUAAAUGGACAGACUUGAAAGGAGACAAAGGGGAAAAAAUCUAUCAUUCUGUUUUAUUGAUAUAGAAGAAGAUCUUUUGGCUUGGGAGUAGUUCAAAUUGUUCUUGACUCCAUACAUUCAGGGCCUUUUACAUGUGUGUGAGAGGGAAGCACACUCAUUGCCCCUUAAAAAUUCAACACCUUGGAUUAAACUCCUUAGAUACAUUUUGCUGAAGGACAAAAUAUUAACUACUGUGAUAGAAGGGCACCAUAAUUAGCAGAUUCGUGGAUUAUCCUUCAGUUCCAAAGGUUGAAUUGUAUAAUAAUUUAUUUGAUAUUAUAUGAUAAGUUGAAUGUAGGCUAAGAUAUAUGAGGUCCAAACACAUUUCAUAGAAUCAUAGAAUUACAAGAUAAUAAUAGUGGCUAACAUUUAUAUAGUACUUUAAGGACUUCAUAUGUUAUCUCAUUUGAUCCCCACAACAACCGUAUGCUCUAGGCAUUAUUCUCAUCCCCAUUUAACAGGAUAGGAAGAGACCGCAGAAUUCAUCUAGCCCAGCCCCAGACUGAAGCCUGAACACCUCCACUAAGGGCUCCUAUAUGGCCUUCAUUUAAAGACUGUCAAGGAAUUCAUUGCUCAUUAAUGUAACCCUUUUUUCUUGUUUGAAAGCUCUUCUUGCUGGUUAAUUCUUCCUAGCAGGGAGCCAAAAUUUGCCUCUGUAAUUUCUACCCCUCCAGCUUAGUUCUGUCUUUCUGUGACCAAGAACCAGCUCCCUGCUCAAACCUGGCAGUCCAUUACAUAUUCGAAGAUGAUGAUCGCGUCCUCCUCCUCCCCCUCCUCUCCUCAAGGCCAGGGCAGAUCUCUCCAGUUCCUUUGGCUUACCACCGUAGUUUUAAAACCCUGCACUACCUGUUUGCCUUCUUUUGAGACACCCUUUAACUUAUCAGCAUUCUUUUUGAACUAUAUUGAUCCAAACUGGACAUACUGCUCCAAAUGGACUAGUGGCAUCUGAAGUCAUAGAACCUGGAUUUACUGCCCACCUCUGUAUGGCCUUGGACAAGACAGAGUAGUUUCUUUCUUUCUUCUUCCUUUUCUUUUUUUGUAAAACAUUGGCUGUUCAAUUAGAUGGCUUCUGAGGAUCCUUCCAGUCUAGGUAUAUUAUCCUGAGAAAUAGCUGGGGUAAAAUACAGUGGGACUUAAAACUCUCCCUUAUUCUUUUCUAUACUUCUAGAAAUUGAAUAUUACCACAGUUUAAAUUCACAUUUUUAAUGUAUUAAAUCGUAAUGAAAUUAAAUUUUGAAUUUUAAAUUACAUCAGAAAAUAUCUAGUGAGCUAAGCAAUUGGUAUAAUGGGGAAAAAAACAACACUUGGGAGUUAGAGGACUUUUAGUAUUCAAUAUAAACUUUACUAAUUCUUUGUGACCUUGAGUAAGUCACUUAAUGUGAAGUUUAAUUUCCUAUUUGUAAAAUGCAGGGCUUUAGACUAGGUUAUUUCAAAGGUCUAAAUUUUAGGGGGGGAAAACCCCCAAAUGGGUAUGCAGUUUUAUAGCCCUUUGGGCAUAGAUCCAAAUUGCUCUCCAGAGUAGUUGAAUCAGAUUUACAACUCCACCUACAAUCAAAAGAGUUUUUUGAAUGUUCAAAAAAUUGUUUUUCCAUAUAAUUGGGAAAAAGCCAAAGGUCUAAAUCUAGAAUCUUGCUCAUUCUACUUCCCUGAUAAUAUAAUUUGAAAUGUAGUUCUGACAUUUUUUGAGAUAGUUACCUGUUUGGAAUAUACUUCUGCAUAUGUUCAUGUUUAGAUAUUUUGCCUAUUAAAAGAAAAUUCCCAAAGAUUAAAGAAGUCUAAUCACAAUAUAUAAUCAGUAGUGUUAUGUUAAAUGCAAGUAUAUUUUUGCUAAUUAUAAGAUAGAGCAGAAAAUAGGCAAUUCUUUCUAGAGAGUCUUUGACUAUAUUGUUGAGGCCUUGGGGCCCUUUUCACUUCAAUAGAUACCUGUUAAGUGCAAAGCACUGAUAAGAAAUAGCAUAUCUUAACUAUUUUAAAUAGUAUUAAGCAAGUAGCAAAUAUUAAAAAUAUUUCCUGACUUUUGAAUAAAAUACUAUAAUUCUGCCAGAAAUAUUUUGCAUUUGGCUGUUUCAUAUAAUAGGAAUGAUUUCUAUUCUGAGCUUUUCCAGUUUACAUUUUGAACUAUUACCAUAAUCAUUCUUUAAAAAAAAAAACUUAAGAAAGGAGGAAAAGACAUAAUAACAUUUUAGAAAGCUAUUUACUUUGCUUAAAAUCUUUGAAGAAUCCUAUUUUCUUGAUAACUACAAAUUUUACAUAUCAUCAAGGGCAAUUUUGUAAUGAUUUGAUAACUAGCUGAUUUAAUAUCUAACUUAGGGUAGUAUGAAAACAAAGCUGUGCUGUACAUGAGGACAGUAUGCUGGGGAAAUUAUAUUUCUAUUUUGAACAGCUUUUACCUCUUUUUGUACAUGUCUACAUAGGAAAAUUUCCCCAGAAAUUCCUAGAAUUAUCUCAGUUUUCGUAGAAGAAUUGCUGGCCUAAUAGAUAAGGCUCCUCCUCAGUAUUUGCUAAGACAGUAUGUAUUACAGUGUGGCAUCUCUCCAAGAACCAGUGCUGGAGAGGAAGUAAAAGGGCCACGUCUCUGGGAAGGGUAUGGUGUGACUCUUUCUCCAUGUUUUGCCCCCACUCACUUGCUUGUUGAAAGAGCUUGCCAUGAACUACUUCUUGGGGAAUCUCUAUUCUUGCUAGCCAUGUAGACACAACUGUAAUAAUGCUUGGGAACACUUGGAUCACUUUGCACUCCAAGCAACUGUUUCCACAGUCAAAAUAACUGACAUUAAUAUUGUCAGUUGAUUUUUUUUCCAAUUGUAUCAUUUUGAUGCAUGUCAGAUUCAUUUGAGGGAAUAGUAUCAUUUUCUGUUAUACAUAACCAACAAAGAUAGUUAUUGCUAAAAUAGAGGGAACAAUAACAUUCUUUUGAACCUUUUAUUCUAAAAUAAGCCAUUAAUCAUUUUAGCUUAGCAGAACAGCUUUCAAGCUAUUUCUUAGAAGACUAUGCAGGAGACCAUCAAAGUAUCUUAGCCAAUAAAUCCUGAAAUACAUGAAACCAUCUUUUAAAAAAAAUCCAAACUUUCUUCCACUUAGAUACACUGCUGCUUUUUGCAUCCAUUUAUGUGCUUUGUAAUUCCAUUGUUCAAAUAUUUAAUAUUUAGAGUUGCAAAUGAUCCAAGCAUCCAUUUAAAAUAACUAGUUCUUCUUUUAAUGCUAUGAAAAUAACCAGUUCAUUUCAUCUUAGUUUAAGUCUCUUUUUUUUUUCCUUUUUUACUGCUGUCAUUUUUUGUGCUUGUUUUUUUUUUCCCUAGUGAGGGUUGUCGGCGAGAAAAUACAAUGAAGAAUGUUGGAUGUCGCAAGUAUGCAUUUAAUUCCCUGCAGCUGAAGGCUUUCCCAAGGCAUUACAGGCCUCCAGAAGGAACAUAUGGAAAAGUUGAAACAUAAAUAUACUGUGUCCUCUAAUUAGCUGUUACACAAUAUAUGUGGGUACACUCUAGUUGAAUUCUUCAUGAAGAUCAGAAUUUUUUUUGGAACAUUUCACCCUAGAUUCUAUUGAGCAUGUUAUCUUAUUGCAUUGGAAUCAGUAGGAAAGAAUGUUUUGGCACAGUAGUUUAUGUAGUGAUGACUGCCCCUUUAAAUAGCCUUCAGUCCCAUGUGAGCCACACAAAUACCCACGAGAUCAUUCCCUGUAUUCAACAGCUAGAUAUAUUCAGGAUGCUGAAAGAUUUUUAUACAUGGCCACUUAGGUAGCUGUUUCACAUAACAACCUUUACUAUUGAGUUGAUUUAGGAUUGAGUUUUUCAUCAUACUGUAUUUUUUAAAAUUAGAAAACAAAUAAUAAAGUAAUUGGAACUGGGGCAACAUACAUAUUGACAGAAUUGGACAAAAUCAAUUGUAACUUCAGGAAAAUAAACUCACCUGAACACCUAACUGUGAAGCAAAAGGAAAUAGCCAGGAUGAUUUGGCCUUUGUGUAAUGCUGCCUGUAAAACAUAAAGUUGCUCUCUCAUUAUACUAGCCUUGCUAGGUUUCAAAAACACUCAAGAUUUUUCCAGAUAUUCUUAAGUGAGUGCACUUUAUUGGAAGGUAACAACUGCCACAGAACUGAAAUUCCAAAGUCUAUUUCAACAGCUGUGUGUCUUGAUGAGUCUUUUUUUAAUCAGCCUUGCAAAUUAAAAAAACAACAUCAAAUAUGAAAUAGUUCUCCUCUUUUCCAUCCUUGAACUCAUUGCUUGUACUCAUUGUUAGAAUUCCACCUUCUGCAGUGUACCCCAAACUCCAUUGGACUCGAUUAAAAUUCUGUGCAUCCACAGACAAAAAGAGGCAUUUUUACAUAGCUGCCAAACCAACAUUCUGAAGUGUGCAUAUCUACAAUUUCAUGAAGCAAAUGCUAUCAAUAUUUGAAUGAAAGUUAAAUAUUUCUGGAGCUCCCCUUUCAAGGGUUUGCUUAUUCUUUUACCCCUUUACUAGAUUUAUUCUUUUUAAAGGCAUAAACUCGGACCAUAUUGCAAAGUCUUUGAAAUGCCUUUUAUCCAAUUCAUGAGAAUUCUUAAUGUAUUUUCUUCCUUUGCUUGUUAUAUGUUAAAUGAGGUUUCCAGCAACUAUUGAGCCAGUUGGGUCUAUCUGCAUCCGAUCUUCUGAUUUUUCUUUCCUCAAAGAUUUGGGAAUUGAAAUAAUUUAUCCUCAAAUCAUAGUAAAACAUUUCAGGACCUUUUUAAAAGCAUGAAACGUUCCCAACUCAUUAUUUCAAGGCAGGUUGAAACUUGGAAGCUAAAGAACUGACUGUUUAUUUCCUGUAAGGAAAUAACGAAUAUGACGUAUUUCAUAGAGGUUUGUUCUUGUUUCAUUUUUGUAGGAAUGCUUGUGUGUGUGUGUUUCAUCAGUUCUGUUAAUCACGGUUGUCUUAGAGAUGUUCUUUGGGUAAAUUGUUCUUAAGAUUAUAUUGAAACUUGGCCCAUUCUUAACAUUGCCUAAAUUUGGUGUAUAUAAAUCAUUCUUGUUACUUCAAAGGAUAUUAAGAUGUCCAUGUAUAUUUUACUGGAGCCUUUUAACAUAACUAUAGAAGGAAAACUAUGAAAAAGGUCAUUGAUUUGAAAUUACUCCUGUCUAAAAUCUUAGGAAAUAUAUUUCCACCUUUUGCCUUUCAUUUCUCCAGAAAUUACUCUUUGAAAUAUAUGGCUAUGUUGCAUAUAUAUUGUAUGUUUAUUUACAAAAUAAAGGCAAUAGAAUGAUCAUACGUAUAUGUAUACAAAUGUAUGUAUACCAGAAUUAAAAAUCUGGCAGAAUCGUUUGACUCCUGCUAGCAACGGGUAUCCAGACAGCCACCAGUAUCGAAGAGGGGGCCUUUGAGCUGUGCUGCAGAAAUGCUUCUCCAUCUCAGCAGUGGUGAAGACAAAAGAAGAAAAACUUCCGGUGUGGUCUCUUUCCUGUGACGCCACACCCACAGCCAGGUCAGCAUGAAGUUCCGGGAAUGUUGCCAGCAUUUUGUGCUGCUUACGCGGGAGCUGUCCAAAUCCUGACGAGAUUUCUGCAGGCUUUUCCCUUUUCACCCUGUAUCCCUCCAUGACGCGUUUUGAGUAUUUUAUCCACAGUGUACAAUUUUAACCUUUUCUUUCUUCUCCUUAGAUCCUCUCCCCCAGGUUUUUGUUAUGUACUUCCAUAAUAAUUUUGCCAUUUUAAGGGAUCUUGUGUGUAUUCUUUCAAAACAUUUUUGUGUGUCUGAAGAUGUUUUCACCGUGGAGUCUCUCACACACAUAAGUGUGCGUGGAGCUCUUGGGGCGCGCUCCCUCAGCGAGCCUUCGAGCGUGGCUCAGGUUUCAGCGUUCUGUCCGGAGAGCGCCUGGCUUCCGCUGUUUCUCACACGUGACCCAGCAUCCCGCGCGCAUUCGCAGGUCUGGGGAGAGGUCGUGCGGAACAAGAAAGGUCACGUGUUCAUCCAUUAAAAAUGUUUUAAUCUCCAGAUUCCCCAUGAAGUACUUUUGAGUUGCACGAAGGAGGCUAUUUUAGUGUAUUGCAAAACGGGAGUCCUGUCUGGUGUGCUUUUCAAGGACACUUUUUUAAUGUCACGAAACAUACGGAGGGAUUAAAAUGGUUGCCAGGUGCGGUAUGUGUAUGUUCUAUGAAAGCACCUACAGCACAGUUGCCUUUUGUUUCACUUCUAAAUGUAAAAAUAUUGUAUAAUAUAACCGUUUGUCCCUACACAAUUGUACUUGCCAAGCUUUGUGCAUUGAAAUAUUUUUAUUUAUUUGUUUUGGGCAGUAUUAAUAUAUUAUAAACCUAUGGUUACUGUUUUAUAUAUUCUUAGAUCAUCCAAGCCAUGUAUGCUGUAAAUGUGCUAGUCUUUAGAAUGAGAAAUAUUAAUAAAGAACUGACAGUACUCAA